GCAGUGAAUAUCGGAACACGGCCACUGUGUGCAAAAAACUUUAAUGAUCAUCUAAAAACAUGGAGGUUUGGUGGCCCUGACAGCAAACGUCUGCCGCUGUGGUUGCUUAUUUGUAAACUAAUAUUUAAACGCCUAACGCACUUGUCACAUUUGUGCGACAUGGACGAGUAUGAGGAAUCUUCGGACGUUGAGAUGGUGCCUAUCGAGGAAAUAGAUAGAGUCAGAACAAUUCCAACAGAAUUACGGACUCAAAUGCAAACAUUAGACAGCCACUAUGAAAAAUCCAUGAACACAUUUACAACGGGUAUAGAUAUAUUCAGCAAAGAGGAGAAAUUGAAGAUGGAAGAACGAGCGAAGCGUUUUGGCUUAUUGGAGAAAUUCGAAAAAUCGCCGAAUCAAGAAGAGAAUUUAUAUAGCAGUAUGGGCAUCACAGAUGAUGGCGAGAAUGCAAAGAAUGCCAGAUUGAAUGUAAUCCAUAUGAGAGGAACGGAGGAAAUGAGUAGCAAAGAUGUGUUUAAAUAUUUCCAAGAUUAUGCUCCGAUGUCUAUUGAAUGGAUCAAUGAUGUUUCAUGUAACAUAGUCUGGUUUGACAAUUUAUCAGCAGCCAGAGCUAUGCUAGGAUUAUCCAAAAAAAUUGUAGGUAGUGUUGUGAAAUGUUCAGAUCGAGAAAACAAUUCCGAAAAUAGGAAAGACAGUGAAGUGACAGUACAAGCAGAAAAUGAGUCUGUUGAUGUAGAUAAGGAUGGAAAGAAAGAGAAUUGUGUAAGCAUUAAAGACAUCGAUUACCCAUUACCUCCAGGUAUAUGGAGGAAGGGAGUGGAUUAUCCAAAAUCUAAAGGAAUCUUUCUAAGAUUUGCUACUAGGAUGGAUAAAAAGCCUGUCAAUGCGGAAAAGAGAAGUGAAUACUACAAAAAGCAUGGAAAUCCCAACUUUGGAGGUCUUAAAGGAAUUCUAACAGAGUCUCGUAAACGUAUGUACAAGCAGAUCCAACAAAAUAAACACAUGUUAUCAAGUGAAGAUGAAGAUCAAAACAAAACGAAAAAUCCGUGGGGUGCAUUGUCUGAAACAUGGGGUUUGAAUGAUGUUGUGGAGGAUGACUUUCUUCCAAAGAAUGGCGUUAAAGAGCCAGUACGUGGUAUAAAGGAGAGAUUGGGUGUCAAAUGUAGGGAUAAAGAUGCCAUACGAACGGAAGACUUGGAAGAGACUAGUUCGGGUAGCGAUAGUGACGAGAAUUGGUGUAAGCGGAGUAAAAUUCCUCGUAUGCGAAUGCACGCCGACGAUGAGGAGGAGAAAUUACAAAAGCGACGUGCGAAGCUCCGAUAUCAAAUGGUUCUCAACAAUUUAAAUAACAGUGGUGACUUACGAUCGAAAUUGGGAAGACCAAAAACGAAAGCGCAGUUUCACGAUCCUAUUCAAGUAGUGGUCACGAACACGAACCUAACGAAAUCGAAACAUGAUAAUUCUGGAGUAAUCCGACAAGAUUAUCAGAAAGAAACACAAUUAUCGGAAAAAGAAGAAGGAGAAUGGCAAGAAUCGGAAGAUGAAGACAAUCGGGCAGAAGGCAAGAAAGAGCAAAAGUAUGGACAAUGUGCAUUGAUGGAAGAGGAAGAGAGAGAAGAAGAGGAAGAGGAAGAAGAAGAAGAAGGUGAACACAAGGAGGAUGAAGAGGAUAGUGGUGAAGACAGUGUUGUACCUGCAAAAGAGAUUCAAGGUCCUAAAGGAAGCGUGAUAAAGGUAGUCCCACCCAAGCCACGCAUUGCUUCCACUGUAUGGGCAAGAUUAAAUCACACAAAAAGCGAAACAAGUGAUAGCUAUUUGAAAAACAGACAAUCGACGAGCCGUGACUUGAGAAAUACCUUAAAGGGCGGCGACUUGCGCUCACGUAUCGGGAAUCAUACCAGAGGACGUUCUCCAUUGAGAAUAGAAGUGAAAAAUGAUAAAUAUACAGAAGACAAUAGUGAUGGAGAGUGAUUCUUGCAUGAACUGAUUGUUUAAACUUUAAAAGUUUGAAAUUUGUAAAGAGUGCUCAUUAUCUUAAUGUAUUGUUUUAAGACUUCCUUUUUUCAUUGGCUACAAAUUUUCAGUGGAAUACAAAUUAUAUAUAUAUAUAUGCAAUUAUAUAUAAUUUAUGCGCUCUCGAUUAUAAUGGAAUCUUUUUCAUCAUUAGAAAAGUUUUCUUUUUAUGCGGAUGCAUAGUGGAGAGAGCAAGGGAAAAGAUAUUAAUAUCUUUAGAACUCUUAUUUUUUAUACUGUACAACCAAUCUUCCAAUAAUAAUCAUUAUCAUUUCUAUAUUUUUAUCAUGAGAUAAUGAAUGCUUUUAAUGAUAGUUCAUGUAAAUUUGACAAAUCAUGUAUCUAUAAAUUGAUGUAUAUUUCUGCAGAUAGAAAAAAAAAACAGACAACUAAGUACUUUGAUCAAGUCAUUUGCGUAAUUAUAGAAAAAAGAAGUAAGAGAUUUUUCGAAGAUAUCACUUUCAAUAUGUUAUCCUGAAGCGUAAAAAAUAUACUUUUUACAUGAAGUAAAUCGAAGAAAAAUGGAUAACAAUAAUUUUAUAGCUUUCUGAAAUAAUCUCGAGAUAUCUUGUAAAGAUAAUCCCAAUAAUCCGAGAGUAUGGUCAGAUUGGUAGAUAAUAUACUCAAUAUCACUUUGAAGAAAAAAAAAAAAAAUAACUCUUGUGCAUUGAGCUAUAUUCACUGUCUUUCGAAUAUAUUCUUGUGAAAUCACACCGGCAUGAUCAGAACUAUCACCUACAUGAGAGUGUCGUGUGAUGUAUUUAUAAUUUAUUAAAUAAGAUCUUAUUUUUAUUAGUUCAGCACGAGUGUAACAUACUAAAACCAAAAAAGGGAUAUACGAAUGGCGCAAUAAAGACAUCAAGUAAUUGGCCAAUAAAGCCAUUUUUUAUAUAUUAGCACAAUAAUAGUUUGGAAUAGCUAUUUAAAAUACAAUAGUCGAUAAUGAUAAUUUAAUUAACACGAAUUAUGAUAAUCCAUCUCGGAUAACAAUUAUUUGGAGCAGCAAAUCGAGGUAAUAAAGAAAUCGGGUAAAGAGAA